UUGUGCCUUUAACGCAUCUUUGUGACGUCAUCGUCUUCGUGUGUGCUUACUUCCCUGGAUUUAAAGGGAAAGCUUACGGCAAGUGGCUUGUGGAGGCCUUUAUUCAUCCUCGGGCUUUCCUGAACUCCCCCCGCCCAACAAUAGCGGAGGAGGAGGGCGGCGAGGGAGUUUUAUGAAGCGAGUAUUCAAGUUAAUAUCUCAUCAGACUCCAAGGACUUUUUAUCUGCUGUCAACAAAAAUCUCUUUACAACCUUCUUUUCCUAAUCGUUUGCACAAGUCACUCCUGCCUCUUCCUAAUACUUGUCUCUUAAGUUUUGCAACCAGAAUUAGCAAUUACCACAGCAUGGCAGAGCAGAGGUACUGUGUUGAAUAUGCCAAGCGUGGCACUGCUGGAUGUAAGAAAUGCAAAGAAAAGAUUGGCAAGGGCAUAGUACGUAUUGGCAAAGUAGUGCCAAACCCUUUCAGCGAGUCAGCGGGGGACAUGAAAGAGUGGUACCAUGCCAAGUGCAUCUUUGAAAAGCUGGAACGUGCAAGAGCAACCACUAAGAAAAUUGAUGACCUGACAGAGCUUGAGGGAUGGCAAGAACUUCAGGAUUCAGAAAAAGAGUUAAUCACUCAGUAUAUUAAAGAGCUUGCCGCUAAAGUUGGUACUGCUACACCUCGGAAAAAGACCCCUUCAAAGGCAAACCAACCCUCAGGAGGUUCAAGCACGAGCUCUCCUCAAACACCUAUCGCCAGUCCUUCACCCCACAAAUUUUCAGGAUUUUCAGCAAAGCCAGGCCAAACUCCGUCCUCAUCUAAUUCCAGUAUGGGCUCAAGUCUUUCCACGGCAAAGUGUGAUCUAAAGCAUAAGGACUGUCUUCUGAGGGAAUUUCGCAAGCUCUGCGCCAUGGUAGCAGAAGAGUCGAGCUACAACACCAAGACUCAAAUUAUUCAACAUUUCUUGACCAAAGGGACCAGUGGAGAUGGUUUUCAUGGUGAUACAUACCUGACAGUGAAGCUGUUAUUGCCCGGAGUUAUCAAGAGUGUGUAUAACCUCAAUGAUAAACAGAUUGUCAAACUGUUCAGCCGUGUGUUUAACUGCAACCAGGAAGAGAUGGUCCGGGAUCUAGAGCAGGGAGAUGUCUCAGAAACUGUGCGCAUCUUUUUUGAAAAGAGCAAAACCUUCCCACCAGCAGCAAAAAGUCUUCUGACCAUCCAUGAGGUGGAUCAAUUCCUAAUGCAGCUUUCUAAGAUGACAAAAGAAGAAGAUCAACAGAAGGUCCUGGAAGACGUUGCACAAAGAUGCACAGCCAAUGACCUUAAGUGUAUUAUUCGUCUUGUCAAACAUGACCUGAAGAUGAAUUCUGGGGCCAAGCAUGUUUUGGACGCUUUGGAUCCCAAUGCAUACGAUGCCUUUAAAGCCUCUCGUAAUCUGGGAGAUGUUGUAGAACGUGUGUUACGGAAUCAACAACAGGCACCAGGGAUGAAACGUACACUAAGUGUCACAGCUUCACUUAUGACCCCUGUGCAACCUAUGCUGGCUGAGGCCUGCAAAUCUAUUGCAUAUGCCAUGAAGAAAUGCCCUAAUGGAAUGUAUGCAGAAAUAAAGUAUGAUGGAGAAAGGGUCCAACUACACAAAAGUGGUGAUCACUUUAGUUAUUUUAGUCGUAGCCUCAAGCCAGUGCUUCCACACAAGGUUGCUCAUUUCAAAGAUUUCAUUCCCAAAGCUUUCCCUGGGGGUGACAGCAUCAUCCUUGAUGCUGAAGUUCUUCUCAUAGACACGAACACAGGAAAACCUCUUCCGUUUGGGACAUUAGGUGUCCACAAGAAAGCUGCUUUCAAGGAUGCAAAUGUCUGCCUCUUUGUCUUCGACUGCAUCUUUUUUAAUGGUGUUAGUUUGAUGGACAGACCCCUUUCUGAACGCCGAAAGUUUAUGUUGGAUAACAUGAUGGAAAUUCCUAACCACAUCCUGUUCUCAGAAAUGAAACACGUUACAAAAGCUUCGGAUCUAGCUGAUAUGAUAACUCGAGUAAUCCGGGAAGGGUUAGAGGGACUGGUGUUAAAGGAUAUAAAGGGAAUAUAUGAACCAGGCAAACGACACUGGCUGAAGGUCAAGAAAGAUUACCUGAACGAAGGUGCUAUGGCUGAUACUGCUGAUCUGGCCGUCCUGGGAGCAUUUUAUGGAAAAGGAGCAAAUGGUGGUAUAAUGUCAAUUUUCCUUAUGGGUUGUUAUGAUUCGCAAAGCCAGAAGUGGUGCACGGUGACAAAAUGUUCCAGUGGUUAUGAUGAUGCUACCCUUGCACGUCUUCAGAAGGAGUUGGACAUGGUGAAGAUCAGCAAGGAUCCUUCUAAAAUUCCAGGAUGGCUAAAGAUAAAUAAGAACUAUUAUCCAGACUUCAUUAUACGGGACCCAGAGAAUGCUCCCAUCUGGGAGAUAACAGGAGCAGAAUUCUCCAAAGCAGAAGCUCACACAGCUGGUGGAAUAUCCAUUCGCUUCCCACGUUGCACACGGUUCCGUGAUGACAAGGACUGGCAUACAGCCACUACUCUCCAGCAACUAAAGGAACUUUAUCGUCUGUCCAAGGAGAAAUCUGACUUUACAAUCACCGCUACGUCCUCUCAGGAUGAGGAAGGCUCUUCAGAGAGCAGCAGUAGGGAAAAUGAAGGAAACUCAAGGCCACCAACUCCAAGUAUUUCUGGCAAAACUCCUAAACCCUCAGCCUCUAAAUCACCUGGGAAGGACCGUAAGCCUAACAGUAACAAGCUGGUCCCACAAAAGAAAAAGGACGAACCACCUAAAGCAGAGAAGCGCAAAAUCCAACCUACUGUCACUGUACAAAGUAAGAAGGCUAAAAUGCCAGAUACUGCUCACAGCAAUGGGCACAGUGCACUCCAGUCGCCUUCCACUCCAAAGACUCUAUUGGAUAUUUUCACUGGGGUGAAACUUUAUCUUCCUUCCACACUGGAUGACUUUGCUAAACUUCGUCGUUACUUCGUUGCCUAUGAUGGGGAUCUGGUACCUGAAUUUGAUAUACCCUCUGCUACACAUGUUAUGGGUGAUGCAAAUGAGAGCUCUGCAGAUGCAAAGCAUGUUACACCACGUUGGAUAUGGGAAUGUAUAAGACGCCGGCGAUUAGUUGCACCAUGCUGAUGGCCACUGAUUUACUAAAUUACACAGCUAAAAAAAUGUGUUUACAUUUUACCGUUUACAGAAAUGGCAAAGACGUGUCAAAUGUAAUGAUGACAAAUCAAGUUUUGUUUUCCAUAGCCUUCACUAGCUGGGAACAGUAGUUACAUAGAUGAACUUUCUCAAGCAAUGAAGGGAACAAAAAAGGUCAACUGCAGCAACUUUUUUUGUGUCUAAUUCUCAAAGACUUUUACCCAAAUCAUCUUGGGUAGAUAAACACCUGUUUUCUGCCACUGUGCAGCUACAGCCCACUUGCAGUCAUGUGCUGCAUAUGCUAUAUUUUUUUUUAUUUUUUUUAAGCCAAUGAUCCAAUGUUGGAGACUGACUUUAUUCAAUUUGUUAUGAAAAUUUAAAAAGUAAGAAUAUUGUUUUCUUUAAAUUUGUAAAUUUGACUUGUUGGAUAUUUUUAGACCAUAUUGUAAGUAAUGUAUGUAGUAUGGCAAAAGAUAAAUGUACCAUUUUAUUUUUAAUUGGUCUUAUGAUGGGCAGUAACGUAUAUAAAUUAUACUUAUUCCUACAACUGUAUAAAGGCCGUCUGUCAGCAAUGUGGUGACUGGGUGAGUCCAGACCCUCUGAAAAAGACAAGAGUUCAAAUUCUCUUGUCAUUUCUGUCAGGCACCAUAUGCAUCUCACAGCAAGAACUGUACAUGAUCUGCAGUUACCAGAAUAAAGUAAUGCAGUUUUCACACAUUAUGUUUUCUCUUUUUACUUGAGGCAAGAUAUGCAAAGUAACUGAUUAUAAUGUUUUAGCAUCUAUUUAAGAUGAAGCCAUGCUAUAAACUUUUAUGUAGUAUUUGUGAUGGCUAUGUUUUCAUUUAAAUGGACUGUGCACACUAAAUGUUUCUCACCUUUAAUUUGUUCCCAAUGAUCCAUUUUACAUGCUGGAAUGUAGUAAAUUGUUUACAACUAGUCAAUUUUCCUUUAUUUCAACAUUUGAAAUAGCUGAUUUUGCCUGUGGUAUCCCUGUCUAUACUGAAAGUUUAAAUACUUAAAUAUUGGCUAUAGAAAAGCUCUGUAAACCUACCAGCUGAAGAAAUUGCACUUCCAGUUGGGGGUUCAGAGAGAUAAGUAAUAAAAUAUAAAUUUUCAAUUGUUCUUUCUAAGUAUUAGCUUUUGGUUUACAGACAGAUAAUAUAAAGUAGCAUGUGUUUGUAUAGAAAAUAAGAUCAUCUGAUUUCCCUGCAAACUCACCCAUUGUAAUGGGUUGUGGUUUUUAAAAACAAAAACAGCUAUUUUUAUAUAUAAAAAAAAACGCAAAUAAGCAUAUUGUUUUCAGAUAUUUUAUACUCUGCAGCUGGUAUAACAAGUCAUGGGAAACACAUUAAGGGGAAAUAAAAUGUUAUAACACACUGUUCCUUUAAGUAUUUUGAGAUUGUAAUUUGUUAAUCCUUUGACUGGGCUUUUAUUUAAAAUACAUGUGCCAGGAGAUCUGUUUCCACUCCAAAAAUAUGUAUUCUAUAUCUUUGUAACACUAGAAAUGCCAUUUCCUGUACUGCAUUUUUAAUGCUGUAUUUCAUUUAAUUUUAAGAAGCAUUUACUGUUAAAGGGACAUUAUACACUCAUUUUUUCUUUGCAUAAAUGUUUUGUAGAUGAUCUAUUUAUAUAGCCCAUAAAGUUUUUGUUUUAAAAAAAAAAAAAGUAUAAUUUUGCUUAUUUUUAAAUAACAUUGCUCUGAUUUUUGGACUCCUAACCAAGCCCCAAAGUUUUAUGAGAAUGCGGUCAGCUACCUACUCCAGCUUGCUCCUGUUUGUGUAAAGUGUCUUUUCAUAUGCAAAAGAAGGGGGAGGGGUAGUAUCUUAUUUCCCACUUGCAGUGGGCUUUCCAGCUACCUUUUCAACAGAGCUAAACUGAGAGCUUCUAAGUAAGUUUUUAAACAGUUUUAUACUGGAUUUUUAUAUCAGUAUCUGUGCAUCUUAUUCUUUAUAGUAGUGUCUAUUACAUGCAGUUAUAUGAAAAUGAGUGUAUACUGUCCCUUUAAUUUGACAUAUGACUUUUAUCCUACAGAAGAGCUAUAUUAGGCUGAUAAAUUAUAUAACAAAUUAUCAAAAAAAUGCAGGUACGUAAUGAUCUCAGCCCCCAAUUUUUUUAUUUGAUUGUUUUCAACCAUUGCUUUUAUAUGUUCACAUAAUUUAGGCCAGUGCCCCUGAAUAUGCUUUUUGUUUUGCAUAAAGGCUAUAGUAAUUUUAGAUUAUAUGCCUGGUUUACAGUUGAAAAGCUGAUUACCAAGUGGAUCUACAAUUAGUCCCAUAAUUAUAAUUGUAAAUUUUGUAGAAUUUUUAUGAAUUUUCAGCUGGAUAAUAAUCUUGGAAACAUUGGAUGUCAUCUAUGAACCUUUUUUAUAUUUACAAUGGCGCUGUUCAGUGGUAUGAAAUUCAUAACGUGGUGUAUUCAAUUUAACAGAGAGAAAAAAAAAUUGUUUAUAUAAUCAGAAUAGCUGCUAUAAUAAAAUUAAAAUCUUA